GUGCAGCCACUCACACAAAUCAGAUAGAUGCGCAGAAAACGUCACACAUGAUUCGCGAUGCAAAAAUUGUGCCAAGGAAGGUGGAUUAUCGGCUGCGAGGUGGCGAUAUAGACAUAGGAAGAUAAGUAUAAAUAAUAUUGCCAUGUGAGUGAGUGAGUCUGUCAGUACGUAAUAU